AAGAGCAUUUCCUGUAUAAUGAUCUCUUCUCUUAACAAUGUGAACAUUCCUCUCAUACACUGCCCAUUUUGACUGGAGAGAUCUUGUUCGAUACGAAGGAUAAACUUUUUUGGUGACGCUAUCAGAGGAACAAUGCGUUUUAUUCCAGUAACAAAGCCAUAUGUUCUGCUUCUCUCUUCUGGAUUAAUCCUGAUUGUAGGGUAUUGGAUCUUCUGGUUGUUCAGGGAAAAAAUCAUCAGCCCAGAGUAUCAAGAGUUCACAUUCAGGACCAAAGAAUGGAACAUGGUCAUUCCUGACAUGUCAUCAUACAAUCAGCCCAGAAUCUUGGUGGGACGAACUGAUGUGGUAUCAGUGACCCCAUGGUUGGCACCCAUUGUCUGGGAAGGCACCUUUGACCCAGUGCUCAUUGACAACAUCUACAAGCCCAUGAACCUCACCAUAGCCACCACAGUGUUUGCUGUUGGAAAAUAUGUCAGCUUUCUCAAAGAUUUCCUGGAGACUGCAGAGAAACACUUCAUGAUCAACUUCAGGGUGCGCUACUAUGUUUUCACUGAUCGUCCCAAUGAAGUUCCUUCAGUGAACCUGAGUGGAGGGAGACAUCUGACAGUGAUCUCAAUCCCAGGUUCAAACCGCUGGCAGGAGAUUUCAGCACAGAGGAUGAAGAUCAUCCACAACACCAUCGAAACUCAGAUCCGCAAGGAGGCCGACUACAUCUUCUGUCUUGAUGUGGACAGCAAGUUCCAUUUUCGUUGGGGUUCAGAGUCUCUUGGAAGGCUGGUGUCUGUGAUUCACCCAGGCUACUAUGAUACAACUCGUAACAACUUCCCAUAUGAACGGCGUCCAGCCUCGAAGGCCUUUAUGUCCAUGGACCAGGGUGAUUAUUACUAUGGUGGAGCCGUGAUCGGAGGGCUUGUGGAGGAUGUGUACAAACUAACUAAGGAAUGUCAGAAAAGAUUUGAAGAGGAUGCCAAGAAUUCCAUUGAGGCCGCUUGGCAGGAGGAGAGCCACCUCAACAGGUACCUGUACUACAACAAGCCCAGCAAGGUGUUGUCUCCAGAAUAUCUGUGGCAAGACUUCAAGGCCAGAACAAAAGAAGUCAAAGUGAUUCGCUUCUCUGGGGUCAUUAAAAACUAUGCUGCAAUUCGUCCCAAUGAAUAAAACUAAAAUGUGGAUAGAGAAAUUAAAUAACUCAUUAGAUCAAAUACAUUCAUUGAAACCAAAGAUGUAAUCUUAUACCAAUGGUUUUCUUUUCUU